AAAAACAAAUAAACAAACAAUAUAACACUCACACACAUACAAUUCUAACAAAUUAUGGGCUGUGGACAAAGUAAAAUUCAUCUUUAUCCUCGUAAAUCGAAAAGUAAAGCGAAUGGCAAAAAAGGAGGACAUGGUGAUUCAGAAGCCGAAACAGAUGAAGAGGAAGGCCAUAUCGAAGAUGCUGAUAAUCGAGAACGCGAUCGAAAUGAAGACUCUGAAGAGAAUAGCAAUAAAGAAUCCAAUGAAACGGAUGAAGAAGUUUCGGUGUCACUGCUGCGGGCCAGAAACCUGUCACUGUUACAGAGCCAGGAGAUAUCCAGUAGUCAGCAGAAUUUUUUCCGAAUGUUGGAUAAAAAGAUUGAAGAGGGACCGGACUACGAUUCAAAUAGCGAAACCGAAAUAGCCCUAGAGGAAGCCCGACUCAAUGCUCUGGUCCAGCAUUGGGAAUCGGCCAGCCUAACAGCUUCCAUGUGUUCCUCAGCUAGUCGCUCGCUGCAAACAACACCAGUACGCCAGACACCAGCCAAGCAAUUGAUCCAGGCGACGCCACGUGCCAUGCUAACGACGACGACGGCUAUACCACCACAAGUUCUUAACUCAGAGUUUCUACCUCAUCCUCCGGGUGCACCAGCUGCGAACAGUCAACUGAUAGCCGGUGCGGGUACACUCAAACUUACGCCUAGUAAGCAAAUAACCAUUCCUCAAAUGAAUUCGGGCAUGCUGCACCAGAUCUCGGUGAUGCCCCAGAUACCGAUGAGCAUUAGUGCCACCACCGUCGUCGACAGUACGGCGUCAGUGAAUAUGGCCAAUGUCAAUACGUCCAAUGCCCUGGCCAUGGCGAUGCAGCAGGCGGCCGCAACCCAACCACCUCCCAAUGCACAAACGACACCGCAACAGUAUAUGUUGGCCAUACCGGCUGGAUCGUCGCCACUUCUGGGUAAACCGGGCCAGGUUAGUCCCAAACGUUUGGCCGAUGGUCGUCUGUUGAUUAAUUCUAGUCCGUUGACGCAACAACAACAACAGCAGCAGCAACAACAACAAAUGCAACAACCCCCGCCGACCAAUCCCAUGCAUCAGCAGUUUAUGACCGCUACCCCGCCAAAUUUACAAACGACAGCAGCUGCAACAACAACACCACUCAAUUAUGUCAAUGGAGGACGAGCGGCGACCCAAUCGGCUGUUAGUAUGCAAAUGGCCUACUACGGCCAGACUGUGACAAUGCCGCCCACGCCACAACAACAACAACAUCAGCAACAAUUGCAACAAUAUGGAGAUGUUUUAGCCCAGCAACAACAGCUCCAACAACAAUAUGAACAACAGCAACAACAAACUCCACAUGGCCAAAUACAAAUUCAGACAUCAUCAUCAUCACUGUCAUCAUCGGCAUCUUCCGCGGCAUCGUAUUAUGGUGAUGUUGUACAACAACAGCAGCAGCAACAGCAACAACAACUUCAUAAUGUUCAGCUAUUUUUAAUUUCUUUUUCGCUUUUGCAGAGUUCAAAUGCUGAAUAUAGGUUCCCACCUGCCAUCAGUGUGCAACGUUUAGCACCUCAGGUCCAACGGCAAAUACGCGAAACACAGGAACUCAUUAAAGACUCAUGUCCACAAUUGUAUACGGCCGGUUAUGGUAGUCCCGGCCCACCACCAUUGCGGAAUCAGACAACAGCCGUGAAUGCACGAAAUCAUCCCAACAGCCGAAGACCCAACCUGGAGACACAAUUCUCGCAGGAGCUCUCGUGAUAUAUAAAUAAUUAACAACAACCGAAAACACAACAACAAAGUUAUAUUUAAAGAGAAAAAAACAACAACAAGAAAAGCCA